GAUAAUCGACUGAGUGUAAUUUAUAUGUUCUCGUGUUGAUUUUUAUUUAAAAUAUUUAAUUUAAAAAAUCAAUCAUCCGAUGGCGCAUUUGCGUGAGAGCUCAGAGAAGGCCUUAAAAUUAUUACGUACCUUGCCGCGCGUACAAAUUGGCAACCUGCGACCGAAUCCCAACUCGAAACAGAACGACAAACGCGGACGUGCCCAGCAUGGUGGCGAUAAACACGGUGCCGGCAACAAGGGCUCAGGCCAGCGGCAAAAUUUCAUGCGACUGGGUUACGAAACAGGCAACCAGCCCUUCUAUUUACGCUUUCCCUACGAGCCCUACUACAAGGGCCAUCACAUGCGUCGUCAAUAUCCAGCCAUUUCGAUGCUAAAGCUGCAGGUGUUAAUUGACACCAACCGGAUUGAUAUUAGCCAACCAAUUGACAUCGCCACCCUUUGUAAUUCUGGCCUAUUGUCGCUGAAGCCGGCGGAACUUCAGUAUGGAUUUCAGCUGACGGACGAUGGAUUGGACAAUUUCAAGGCGAAGAUUAACAUUGAGGUGCAGCAUGCAAGCGAGGCUGUCAUAGCAGCUGUGGAGCGCAAUGGUGGGGUCAUCCGUACUGCUUACUACGAUCCGCGCAGUCUUCACAUUCUGGCCAAUCCGAAAAAAUGGUUUGAGAAGGGCUUGCCCAUACCACAACGCAUGCUGCCGCCACAGGAUGCUGUUGAGUACUACACAGAUGCCAAGAAUCGCGGAUAUUUGGCCAAUCCCGAGGAGAUCAGUAAGGAACGACUGGUGCUGGCACAAAAAUACGGCUACGAGCUGCCGCGCAUAGAGGACGAUGUUAAUUAUGAAAUGCUCACGGCAGCCAAGGAUCCACGCCAACUGUUUCACGGCCUGGAGCCAGGAUGGCUCGUUAAUUUGGUAGACAAAACAAUAGUCAAGCUAAAGGCAACAUAGGCAUUGCAUUUUUUUGUUUGUUACUACGCUUUAUUAAAUAGAGAAUGUAUUGUAAAA